CGCUAUAAAACUUAUUUAGUUCGAUAAGACGAAGCGUAAGUGAAAAAAAAAAGUCUAGAUAAAACUGAAUCGCGUGAUAAGCAGUCCGAUAAAACGGUAGGAUGGAUUCAAUUAAUGUUUUUGGAAAAACAAUUUCUUUUUUAAGAGAAGUGCACGAAUAUCUUCGCUAAAUUUAUUUCGUUUAUUAGUCGAAGCUCGGAAGAGGUUAUGUAAUGUGUGCAAGCACCGUUCGCAAAAGCUUACGACGAUUGCGUCAUAGCGUGAAACCAGAAACUCCUCGUACUUCUGGAACGCGCAAAGCGGUGGCACGUUUCGAAAAUAUCUUCAUCGUUCUUUCUCUCUACCUUCUUUUCUUAUUUUUCUUUUUGGGUAUCUCGGAAUAGAGUAGAAGGUUCUCGGGUGAUACUAUGAGAGAUAUUUAACACCAUCGUUCCACCAAUCAGAAAUAGCGAUAAAGAAGCAAUCGAUAAACAACGAUUAGAUAUCGUUUUUCACGAAGGAACGUCGACGAGUCCUUAAAAGCUUUUUCCAACGAUAGAUAGCACGUGAAUUGUCUACAAAUAGAUCGGACAAAUCUUCGAUGUAUGUAUAUAAACUGAUCGAAGAGGCUUCGACCUAUCGUUUAAGCUGAUUAUUCUUUACACGCGAAUCUAUACUGGUCAUUCUCAUCACAACUACAUUCCGGCCUGUUUAAAUGUUUCAACGAAGACUAACUUCAUAUCUUACGUAUUUAUAUUGCUUACGAUUUUAAGUGAGUCGCUUUUAUGUCUCGACGAUUAACGUGUGAAUCUUUUCAUUCCUUUCAAUUAUUAACAAUCCCAUUUCAAUGUCAUUAGAUAAAAGAUUAUGUAAACUGAACGUGAGAAUUGACACGGAAUCGUAUUUAUUUUUCAUGUAUAUAAAAGUAAAUAUCUUUCUUUUCUUAUUUUUUCCUGUUUUUUUCUCUUUUCUACGAAGGAGAUUUAAAUAUGCAAAAUCAAUUCGCGUUUCGUUUCAAUGUCGUAAUAUGUGUGAAAAAAGAAGCGUUUCGAAGAAUUCUGAAGAAUAGAUCACGUUAUUUUUUUUUUCUUUUUCUUCUACGUCUCAUUUUAACCUUGCUCUACAAAGUACAUUUUCUUCCCGUUGACGCGACAUUAGGUAGACCCUCACGAGCACCGAGAAUUAACUGCAAUUGAUUCAUUGAUAUGCUUUUGUGGCAAUGAGUUUUAAUGGGAUUUAGAGAUGUCUGUACGUCUUUCCAUGCUCAUAUAUUCAUUUCUUUUCUCCUGUUAGCGAUUAUCAUUUAACUCGUUGACGCUUCGUAUUCGUUUUAAGUUCCAUCAUUCAAUUAUCUGUUUUUAUCAUGUGACCGAUCACGUUACCACGCAUAGCACUUUUUUAACAUACUUAUUUUUUUUGAUAAAAAUUAAAUGCAAACGCUUAAUUGUUAAAUGAUCCUUAUAUUAAUGAUCCGUUAAAGUGGCUUUUUUUUUUAUCACUGAGGAAAGUUGUCGAUAACAAAAACUCGGUAUCAUAUUGCUAAAAGUUAGUCUUAUCUCUAUGCUCUAGAGAAUGUGGAGAAGUAUAAUUCUGGAUUCUAUUCCUAGUCUAUUUCUCGUUUAAACGUAAAUAUAGAAGAAUGUAUAUUUUCUCCCACGUUCGUUCAUCAGCUACCGUUGGACAUGACCCGCAGACGAACAACGGCAGUCAGGCACAGCAACAACAGCAACAACUUCAAUGGUUGGGAAGUCCAGGUGAAACGACGCUCGUAUCACGGGUUGCUCGGAGUAGCAACAGCAACGGUGGUAGCGGUAGUGGGUGGGAAGGGCUUAAAUCAUCGUCGUUACCGCAACAUCAACAACAACAACAACAAAGGCGGAGGCGCCAAGAAGAGCAACAAGGCGAAUCUGGAGGUGUGGGGGAUGACGAAGACGGGGGUGGAGGGAGCGGAGGGUUGGAGGGGACGGACCCAGAGGCGAACCACGCUGUUCACCUCAAGAGACGGGUGGGACUCGUCAGUGGGGUGGCUUUAAUCGUUGGCACCAUGAUCGGAUCAGGGAUAUUCGUUUCGCCAUCCGGCCUCCUAGUUCGAACCGGCAGCGUCGGAGUUAGCUUCUUCGUAUGGACGGCCUGUGGGAUUUUGAGCUUGUGCGGCGCACUCGCUUACGCAGAGCUUGGCACGAUGAACACCAGCAGCGGCGCAGAAUAUGCUUAUUUCAUGGACGCCUUUGGUGCACCACCGGCUUUCCUUUUCUCCUGGGUUUCCACCCUGGUAUUGAAACCAUCGCAAAUGGCGAUAAUCUGUCUCUCCUUCGCCCAAUACGUCGUUGAAGCUUUCGUAGCGGACUGCGAUCCUCCCGACGAGGUGGUCAAGCUGGUCGCUCUCCUUGCGAUCGUUCUUAUACUUCUGGUGAAUUGUUACAGCGUUAAUCUGGCAACCGGAGUACAAAAUGCUUUCACCGCAGCGAAACUCAUUGCUAUACUUGUAGUUAUCGUCGGCGGUGCGUACAAGUUGAUACAGGGAAACACGCAACACCUGAAAGGAGCCUUAGAUACCAUGGACGGUAGUAACGUUAAUUUCGGUAGACUCGCUACCGCUUUUUAUACGGGUCUAUGGGCCUACGACGGCUGGAAUAAUUUGAAUUACGUUACGGAGGAAAUCAAGGAUCCAUCGAAGAAUCUACCAAGGUCUAUUAUGAUUGGGAUACCUCUUGUUACCCUUUGUUACGCACUGAUUAAUAUUUCUUAUUUGGCGGUUAUGUCGCCUUCGGAGAUGAUUGAAAGCGAGGCUGUUGCUGUGACAUUUGGGAAUCGGAUACUCGGCGUGAUGGCAUGGCUUAUGCCUUUAUCGGUUGCUAUCAGCACCUUUGGUUCCGCCAAUGGAACUCUUUUUGCGGCAGGUAGACUUUGUUUCGCUGCAUCCAGAGAAGGACAUUUGCUCGAUUGCUUGAGUUAUGUACAUGUGCGCCGUUUUACGCCUGCGCCAGGCCUCAUAUUUCAUUCUAUCGUUGCAGGUGCAAUGGUCGUUUCUGGAAAUAUAGAUUCCUUAAUUGAUUUCUUUUCCUUUACCGCUUGGAUUUUCUAUGGUGGAUCGAUGUUAGCUUUGUUGGUAAUGCGAAGAACCAGACCAAAUCAUCCAAGACCUUACAAAUGUCCCCUGAUCAUACCCGCACUUGUACUUGUAAUCUCUGCGUACCUGAUAGUGGCACCCAUCAUCGACAAGCCUCAAAUCGAGUACUUAUAUGCAACCGGAUUUAUUUUCGCAGGCAUGUUUGUUUAUCUCCCCUUCGUGAAAUACGGAUACGUGCCGAAAUUUAUGGAAGGAGUAAAUGCUUUUCUUCAAAUGUUACUAGAGGUGGCGCCAACCGCAGCUGCUUUCGAUUGAUUCCAAUAUAAAACAUCGAAAAUGAUUUUUUAAAGAUCUUAUCAUUCCACUGUGGCAUAUUUAAAAUGUACAUGUGAGAAUAUAUUUUUAAUGUACGUACAGAAACAAAAAUACUGUUUUAUCGAUGCUCGAGUUUGCUUGGAUUGAUCCAAGAACAUACAUAAAAAUAUUAUUUUAUUACUCGUUAUUCUUCUUACAUAAUAUACAAUAUAUAGAGGACGUUGUUAGACAUAGAUGAUUGAUGUUAUAAUGACAACGAUGAGUUAACAAAAGAUAUUUUAAAUGUU